UCAACAAAUGGAUCUCGACUACACAUAAUUGACUUUGAUGUCGAUCCUCUCAGGCGGCACACUUUUUGGACCAUCUCAGUGGGGGGAACUUUUACGUGGCUCGGGAUCUAUGGAGUUAAUCAGUCAACCAUCCAGCGAUGCAUUUCUUGCAAAACAGAGAAGCAUGCCAAGCUAGCCUUGUACUUCAACCUGGUGGGUCUCUGGAUUAUUCUGGUGUGUGCUGUCUUCUCUGGCUUGAUCAUGUACUCCUACUUCAAAGACUGCGACCCUUGGACUUCUGGCAUUAUCUCAGCGCCAGACCAGCUGAUGCCGUACUUUGUCAUGGAGAUAUUUGCCACGAUGCCUGGGCUACCAGGACUUUUUGUGGCUUGUGCCUUCAGUGGAACUCUGAGCACCGUGGCUGCCAGCAUCAAUGCCUUAGCAACAGUGACCUUUGAGGAUUUUGUCAAGAGCUGUUUUCCCCAUCUCUCCGACAAGCUGAGCACCUGGAUCAGUAAAGGCUUAUGUAUCUUAUUUGGUGUGAUGUGUACCUCCAUGGCUGUGGCUGCGUCCUUCAUGGGUAGCGUUGUGCAGGCUGCGCUCAGCAUCCACGGCAUGUGUGGGGGGCCAAUGCUGGGCUUAUUCACCUUGGGAAUCGUGUUUCCUUUUGUGAACUGGAAGGGUGCACUAGGCGGCCUUCUGACUGGAAUCGCGUUGGCAUUUUGGGUGGCCAUUGGGGCCUUCAUUUAUCCCGCACCAGCCUCCAAGACAUGGCCCUUGCCUUUGUCAACAAACCAGUGUGUCCCAUCAAAUGCAACAGAGUUAGUGCCUACAGCGCUAUCCAGCAGGCCUGCGAUUGCUGACUCCUGGUAUUCGAUCUCCUACCUUUACUACAGUGCAGUGGGCUGCCUGGGAUGCAUUGCUGCUGGAGUAAUCAUAAGCUUCAUCACAGGACACCAGAGUGGCAAAGAUAUUCAGCCCAUGCUGAUCAGACCCGUCUGCAAUCUAUUUUGCUUUUGGUCUAAGGAAUAUAAAACACUGUGCUGGUGUGGAGUACAGCAUGACCGUGGGUCGGAGCAGGAAACACUUGAGAAUGGCAGUACCUGGAAACAAGGAACUGAAUCUGUCUUACAGAAUGGACUCAGGAGAGAAAGCCUGGUCCACAGUCCAGGCUACGAUCCCAAGGACAAAAGCUAUGACAAUGUGGCGUUUGAGAAGAUUACCCAUUUCUAA